GGAGAAGAAGGGUCUCCUCGAAGCCAAUCUCGAGAUGAUCAGCGGGUUUCAGCAGCGACCCUACCUGCUGGCUACCAUUCUGCAGGUGAUCGCGGCGCCCGACAGCAGCGAGGCCGUGAUCCCCGGCGCCUGCAGAGACGGCAACUACAAGCCGAUCCGGACCGUCGUGAUCAGGACCUCGACCAGCUUCACCCUGUUCCUGCCUCUGCCGGGCCUGGUCGACGCCGAUGACCUGAAGCCCGGCGACCUGGUGGCGGUGCUGAAGAACUCGUUCGUCAUCGUCGAGACCCUGCCGAAGCCCCACGACCCGAGGAUCACCCGCAUGGAGGUGACGGAGAGGCCGGCGCAGACCUUCUCCGACAUCGGGGGCCUUCGCAAGCAGAUCAAGGAGCUGAAGGAGGCGGUCAUCCUGCCCAUCAAGCAACGGAGCCGCUUUCAGGAAAUCGGCAUCAGUCCCACCAAGGGCGUGUUGCUGCAUGGCUCCCCGGGGACAGGGAAGACCAUGAUAGCUCGUGCGUGCGCAGGCGAGACCAGGAGCACCUUCAUCCGGCUGGCGGGCCCUCAGCUGGUGGAGGUCUAUCUCGGCGACGGAGCCAAGAUGGUCCACGACGCCUUUGCUCUGGCCAAGGAAAAGGCCCCGUCGAUCAUUUUCAUAGAUGAGAUUGAUGCUAUUGGGUCGAAGCGCUUUUCCAGUGACAGGUCGGGGGACCGCGAAGUGCAGCGGACGAUGCUGGCUCUGCUCAGCGAAAUGGAUGGCUUCUCGACCAACAGCGCAGUGACGGUCCUGGCGGCCACCAACCGCGCCGACGUCCUGGACCCGGCGCUCCUUCGGGCCGGGAGGUUCGACAAGAAGAUCGAGCUGCCUCUCCCCUGCGAGGAGGAGCGCCUCGAGAUCCUUAAGCUCUACUCUCGCAAGAUGAACUGCCGGGAUGUCGACCUUAGGGAGGUCGCGCGGACGACCGGCGGCUUCAGCGGCGCGCAGUGCCGGGCCGUGUGCGUGGAGGCGGGCAUGACCGCCUUGCGUCGCAACUCAUCGACGGCAACGCACGAGGAUUUCUUGGCCGGCGUCGUCGAGGUGAACGCCCGGAAGAAGGCCGUCUUGAGUUACGUCAGCUGAGUGCGUGCGAGACGGCCUAAAAAAAAAGGAAAAAAAAAGGAAAAAAAGGGAGAAAAACAAAACAAAAAAGAAAGGGAAAAAACG